CAAUAAUGGCAACGUCGUGGAACAACGUCGGCCUCCACGGCGUCGAUCCUUCCUCGUCCAACCACAACCACAACCACAACCACAUCCGCAACUCCGACUUCGCUCCCUACGACGAAACCUCCUCCUCGUCACACCAAAGCUUUGCACCAUGGCCCUCGCCGCAGCCGACCACCUCGACGACUCCCUUUUUCCACCAGCCGAUGCUCUCGCCGCCGGCCCCGUCGCACCGCGGUAGCAACACGCCGAGCCCGCUGCACAUUGCGCCUCGCGGGCCGCCCACUCACAACACCAACAGUCCCCACGGCCUCCUCAGCCCUCGCAGUCCGCCCGACCUCAACAGCCCGCGUAGCCCUCGCAGUCCCGGGUACCAGACGCUGCAGCGCGGCCAGUUCCCGUCGUCCAGCAGCAGCGGCGGCGAUCCCUUCGCCACGCCCCGCAGCACAAUAUACACGGGCACCACCAGCACUACAUCGCCGCGCACUCGCGCCAGCCACGGCAACCUGGAUGCGCUGCUGGAGCACCCGUACUUUGACAAUCCUCCCGACACCGCCGAGUCGCGCGGCAAUGCGACGUCCCGCGCUCCUGAGGCCUCCGAGGUGGCGGUCCAGGACGGUUGGCGGCCGUGGUGGCUGCGGCACCAGAUCGUCGCUGGCUUCCUGGGGACGUUUGUGGUGUUGGCCGUCGUGGGAGAGGUGGUGAUGUGGAUGAUCUCACGGAAGGAUUGGGAGAACAGUGUGCAGGGACUGUGGACAUUUGGACCUGUUGUCGUAACCUCUAUCUUGGCUAUGCUCUGGUCACGAGUCGAAUCCCAGGCUCUCCUCUAUAUGCCUUGGAUUAUCCUCGAGGGCCGACCCGCCUCCGGCGAAGACACACGCCGCAAACAAGCAUACCGGACCGUCCUGCUCGAUUACCCAGGAAUGAAUAGCAUCCAGGCUCUCACAAAGGCAUUCAGCAACCGCCAUCACCUCGUCGUUGCCUCUAUAAUGGUGUCGCUACUGCUACGCGCUCAGGUCAUCCUCUCCACGUGCAUCUUCCACGCCGAGGUUCAGGCCGAUGGCUCCAAGUUCCUCAGGGUCCGCUCAGGGAUGAUGCACGCCAUGGCCGGUGUGUUUUGUAUCCUGGGCGGCUUCCUUCUCCCGAUGCUCUAUCAUGCACCCUCGAAGCGCGGCAUCACCGCCCGAGACCCCACCUCUCUGGCUGGUACCGCUGCACUGCUUGCGAGCAGCCAGCAUUUCAUUGCCCGGUUGAGCGGCACGGGCGGUGCAGGCAUGAACGUGGUGGCGGCGAGGCUCGCGGGCUCAUGGUACACCACCGAGGUCCACCAGCCUGGCAAGAAGCCUGCUGAGACGUUUCAGUUGAGGCAAUUGAGCGGUGGACCGCCCGUUUCGAUGGGUGACGACGGGUCUAGUCACUCCGAGGAGGCCAUGGGGGAGUACCGCCCGUGGACGUUGGGCGCCCGUGUUCAGACGGUGAGCAUCAUAGUAUGCGCUGUGUUGCUGGCAGGUCUAUGCGCCAUCUUUGCUUUGCGAGGCAGCGCGGAUGGUCUCGAUGUCUCUGACUCGACCUUCAUCCUCUGGACAUUUAUCCCGACCUUCAUUUUUGCCGUCCUUGCUAUCUUCUGGAGCCGCAUUGAUAUCGAUACCCGUCGCGUCGCCCCCUUCUUGAAGCUGACAAUCAACAAGUGCGGGUUCAAGGAGUCGCUGGCCCUGACAUAUAUGAACGAAUUCGGCCUCUGCACCCUCGUCAAGGCAAUCAAGUUCAAGGACUGGGGCGUCUUUGUCAGGAAGUCAAUGGCAAUGAUUGGCUGGUUGCUGCCCAUCUUUACCGCCGGGCUCUUCGCCAUCACUGAAGUUGCCCAAACGGCCCACCUGGAGCUCCGUCAGGAGUCGAAAUUUCAGUCUUCCAGCAAGUCCCUUAGCAGCAGCCUGGAUGCUGACCUGAUUAAUCGUAUUCUCAUUCAGGAGACGCCCAGCUAUCCCCUUUGGACAUACGAGACCUUGGCAUUCCCAAAGUUGGAGCUCGUGGACCAUGGCAAGGAGUGGCCGCUGCCAAACACAGAAUUGACGGCCACGGUGCCCUCCCUUAGAGCUGGGCUCGCCUGCGAGACGCUCUCGUUGACUAACGGCGCGGGAGCUGAUCUGAAGUGUGUUGCUCAUGGUAGCGGCAGUUCCAGCAAGACGGCAAUUUGCGCAGCAGGACAAAAUAAUACGGGGGUGGUGGUUUCAUCAUGCACAGGGCUCUCGACUGAGUAUGCCCUCAACUUUAUUUGGGGUGGCUGCGGCGAUGACAACGAUAUAUCCAUCCUGCGGUGCAACCAGACUAUUACUGAGCUUGAUGUGUACGCCACGUUCCACACUGAAGACAUUACCAUCGACACGAAUAGCAUUCCCCUCAUGGCCACUGCCACUGAGCAUGAUUCGGAUGUGGAUGCAGACGUGUCUACCGCCUACAAGGCUAUGGAGGUGAUUGGGGCUGAUGAUGAUACUCUCACGGGGCUGGAUGGCUUCUUUCGGACAUUGGUGCUGUCGCGACUGGAUAUGCGCCUUGAGCGUCUCUUGUCUCCCACGCGUCAGAAUUCUGUUAGUGAGAUGAUCCGACUGCAGCACGGCAUUGUGGGUGCCCAGGCACUUAACAGUGAUCUGAUCCGGAAGACGAUAUCGUCUUCCAAGCUUCGGGCUCGCGCCGACGCGGAUAGCUCCUCACUCAUCGCCGCCACGGUUGACUACUACGUCGCACGCCUCACGCAGUCUCGUCUGCAGACUUUCGUGCUGAUCGCCUUUCUCGUCACGACGCUCAUCCUCGGCGUCUUCGGGUUACGCACGACGCACCGCGGCGCCCCGCUGCCCAAGGACCCGAGCAGCAUCGCGGCGCAGGCGAGUCUCCUAGCAGACUCGACGCUGUGGUGGCGACUCCCAGAAGGCGCUGCAUGGAUGGAAGACGAGCACUUGGCGAGGCGCCACCGGCGCAAGACGUUUCGGCUCGGAUGGCAAAAUACCGGCAGGACAACGCCCGGUGGUUCCAGGGGCCGGAACUACGGCAUCGGAGUCGUGCAGGACGAGGGCAAGUUGGGGAGAGCGGCGGAGAUGAACACGAUGCGAAGUAGUAGCGCCAUGGUACCGGGGCGGUACAUCAGCAUGGCGCCGGGCGUGUAUUCUUACGGGGAUAUCCCGGUGUAUGAGAAAGACUAAGCGUGUUUUGCGAGGAGCUAUGGAUGGUCGGAUACAAUUUUUGGGACCGGUUAUUGCUUUGGAAUCUGGGCAUGCAUGGCGUUGGUGGACAGGACCCUCAAAGGAUGGGAAAGGCGGGCAUUAUUUUGUCUUUGGUCUGGUGUUGGUUGAUUCCCUGGUUGGUUAUGGGAUCAUGACUGAGGUCCACGAUGAUGGAUAUCCUGCAUAUAUUUACCGAGUAAUUAUAUAAGAAAUGGCAUUGGCCGUGCGGUCUGUUGAUCUAGGCUUGAAUGACCAGAUGCGGUAGGAGAUUAUCAAGUGAAGUUCUG